CUCGCGGAGCGCCAGAGUGCGCUCUCGCUGGCUGACAGCCUAUCUCGGAAGCCAGAGGAGGCCCUGGGCUGUGUCCUGCUUGGUAGUGCUGGGGUUCCGCACCCUGGACAGCUUCCCCAGACAGUGUUUGGAAUUCAGGGAAGGAAGAAAGUACUGUGCGCCCCCAUUUAACCCUCGGGACCUGGCGAAAUCCUGCUACGUGGGUAGUGAACAUUGUUUCGGGAACUGAAGGAAAUGCAUGUAAAGAGUGUUAGUCUGGAGCCAUACUUUCCCUGCCCUGUUCAAGCUCCCUGGGCUGUCGGAAGCGGAGUUGUUUGUAAAGGCAAAUGCCGACGCCUCCUCCUCCUCCUGUCACUUCGGGACAAGUUAACAACCUUCAGAUUCGUUGUUAAAGCAGCGUGUUCUCUAUGUGAUCUAUCAGGUUCGGCUUUAGAGUGUGGUGAAGGGUACUUUUCAUGGUGCAUGGAAGGAAAGCCAAUGCGCAGGUGUACCAACAUUCGACCAGGAGAGACUGGAAUGGAUGUAACAAGCCGCUGCACCCUUGGAGACCCCAACAAACUACCAGAAGGGGUUCCCCAACCUGCCCGCAUGCCCUAUAUCUCAGACAAGCACCCUCGACAAACCUUGGAAGUGAUUAACCUUCUGAGAAAGCACCGGGAGCUAUGUGAUGUGGUGCUAGUUGUGGGCGCCAAGAAGAUAUAUGCCCAUCGAGUCAUUUUGUCAGCUUGUAGUCCCUACUUCCGAGCUAUGUUUACAGGAGAAUUGGCAGAGAGCCGUCAGACAGAAGUAGUGAUCCGCGACAUCGACGAGAGGGCUAUGGAAUUACUGAUUGACUUUGCAUAUACCUCCCAGAUAACAGUAGAAGAGGGCAAUGUUCAGACUCUUCUGCCAGCUGCUUGCCUCCUCCAGCUGGCAGAAAUACAGGAAGCCUGCUGUGAAUUCUUAAAGAGACAAUUAGAUCCUUCUAACUGCCUGGGCAUUCGGGCUUUUGCUGACACACAUUCAUGUCGUGAGUUGCUAAGGAUAGCAGACAAGUUCACCCAACAUAACUUUCAAGAGGUAAUGGAGAGUGAAGAGUUCAUGUUGCUUCCAGCCAAUCAACUCAUUGAUAUAAUAUCCAGUGAUGAACUAAACGUUCGCAGUGAAGAACAAGUGUUCAAUGCAGUGAUGGCCUGGGUCAAAUACAGUAUUCAGGAAAGACGUCCUCAGUUACCCCAGGUGCUGCAGCAUGUUCGUUUGCCUUUGCUUAGUCCCAAGUUCCUCGUGGGCACAGUAGGCUCUGAUCCCCUCAUCAAAAGUGAUGAAGAAUGCAGAGACUUGGUAGAUGAGGCUAAAAACUACCUCCUGUUGCCGCAAGAACGACCACUAAUGCAAGGACCAAGGACAAGACCACGGAAACCUAUCCGAUGUGGGGAAGUACUCUUUGCAGUUGGUGGUUGGUGCAGUGGAGAUGCCAUUUCCAGUGUUGAACGAUAUGAUCCACAGACCAAUGAAUGGAGAAUGGUGGCUUCAAUGAGCAAAAGGAGAUGCGGAGUUGGGGUCAGUGUUCUUGAUGAUCUGUUAUAUGCAGUAGGAGGCCAUGAUGGAUCCUCUUAUCUCAACAGUGUUGAAAGGUAUGACCCCAAAACAAACCAGUGGAGCAGUGAUGUGGCCCCUACAAGCACCUGCAGGACAAGUGUUGGUGUAGCAGUACUUGGAGGCUUUCUCUAUGCUGUGGGUGGCCAGGAUGGCGUGUCUUGCCUCAACAUUGUUGAGAGGUAUGAUCCGAAGGAGAACAAGUGGACUCGGGUAGCUUCUAUGAGUACCAGAAGACUAGGUGUGGCUGUGGCUGUGUUAGGAGGGUUCUUAUAUGCUGUAGGUGGCUCUGACGGGACAUCUCCACUCAACACAGUGGAACGUUACAAUCCUCAGGAAAACAGAUGGCACACUAUAGCCCCUAUGGGGACCCGGAGGAAACACCUAGGCUGUGCAGUGUAUCAGGACAUGAUCUAUGCUGUAGGAGGUAGAGAUGACACUACAGAGCUGAGCAGUGCUGAGAGAUACAACCCCAGAACCAACCAGUGGUCUCCGGUGGUGGCCAUGACAUCACGCCGUAGUGGAGUUGGCCUGGCAGUGGUCAAUGGACAGCUCAUGGCAGUAGGAGGUUUUGAUGGCACAACAUACUUGAAGACCAUAGAAGUUUUUGAUCCUGAUGCCAAUACAUGGAGGUUAUAUGGCGGGAUGAAUUACCGUCGGCUAGGGGGUGGUGUAGGAGUUAUUAAAAUGACACAUUGUGAAUCCCAUAUUUGGUGAACACAGAGAAGACAGAGUCUUGUACAUAUUCCUCUGUAUUCUGGGGAGCUUUGACCUUGGAGCUUUGUACAGCUUGAGAAAACAUUAGAACAAAUUUUAUUAUUUGCCGGUGCCUCAACAUAUGGAAAUACAAAUGAAAGUAGUUCACCUGCAAGAUGCACAAUAAUUUUCAACUCUGUGCAGAAGAAUAUUUAUUUUUGGUUUUAAUUUAUCAUGGUUUUUUGUUGUUUUCGUUUUGAACUUAUCCUUCCUCCCACAAAAAAAGAAAAGAAGAAAAAAAUUCCAAGCAGCAAAACUUACUUUGUUUAUAAGGUAUUGAUUUAGGUUUGAAAAUACUAUUUAAUAAGGGCAUAAGGGCUAUAUAUGAUUUGGCUGUUAUUUCUAGACACUCCAUCCACGUGAUUCCACUAACAAGGAUUACCAGGAAUUAAGGUAGGUAUGCAAAAUGUAUUAGCUAGCCAUUAUUCUUGCACUAACCACCAGAACACUUGAAAAUCUAAAAAAAAAAAAAAACAAAAAAAAAAGAAAAGGCAACAUCUCAUUUUAAAUAGUACAAUUCAGAAGGGAUACUAAAUCAAUAAAAACCAGGACUCAGACACUACAGUUUUCAUCAGUGUAAUUUUAUGUCGUUUCUAUAUGAAUUUGUUUAUUUAGUCUUUUUUUCAUAAUAUUCUCAUAGAGUUUCUGCUAGAUCUAGAGCUCUGCUCAGUGCCUCUUAUAAAAACUAUAUAUGUCUCAUAUGCUGUCUUGAGAAUCCAAGAGAAUCACAUGCAGCUCUGCAACAGUUUUUGCUCAAAAAUGUUACCAACUAAAGCAACUGUUCUUCCUGUUUCCUAUUGCUACCAAGGACCAGCAGGGAGAAAUAUCUUCUCCCAGCAGUGAAUUCUGUUAUGCAAUUUAUUCUUGAUGCUCAGGCCUAGUUAAGCUGAGGCUUACCUUUAAUAACAGCCUCCAAGGGAAUGAAUUAUUCAGUUCAUGUAAUAGCACACAUUAAAGAGAAUAAAAUCAAUUGAGGCAUUUUAUUAAUAUCUUGGUUCUUUUAUACAAACAAUGUAUCAUUAUCUUCGUUCUAUAAGACCAUUGUUACUACUUCUCUCAAAUUGCACUUUCUGGUAAAAAGUUAAAAAUUUUUAGGAAAAAACAUAAUUUCAAUGGUUAAAGUUUUUUUUCCUCAUUGUAUUCAUAGACAAAUUUUUUUCAAUAUAUUUUGCAAGAAAAAUCUUUGAAUAAGACUAACUGCAUUUAAAAGGAAUAACCUCCUUUCCCCAACUACAAAGAUGUUUGGCAACUUUGUGUUUACAUUUAAAGAUCAUUUGCACCUUUUUCAAGGAAAAAAAAAGUAUUGAGUAAACAAUUGUUUACAUGUAUCAUUUAUGCUUUUUUCUAGCAUGUAUAACUUUUUUAAAUAAAGGUAGUAUUUACCAUUAAAAAAUUUUUAGCUAAUGCUUUUUAUCCUUGUACUUUUGUUAUUUAAUUUGGAAUUUCUGUUUCUAUAUAAUUUAUUUUACCUGUAUGUAAACUUACAAGUGCUUUCAACUUGAAGGAAUAAAAGGAUUGCCAGCUAGAA